UUUUGGGGGGUCGGUAGUUUGUUUUCAUGAGUUGUGCUCUGUUGCUACUAGUUUGCUUGGAUUAUCGCCUUUGAUGAACAGUAUCGGGGCGGUUUUGAUGUUUUGCGGGCUGGGAACUGGACGUGGCAUCGACUCUGAGAAAGUUUUUGAGAGUUGGGGUGGUGGGGGUUUUUCUCUGUUGAUUGCUCUGAGCAAGGACUUCAGGUUUUCUCUUAGUUUUCUUCGGAAAUCUCUGCUGGAACUUGAGAGUGGCUGCUUUCGAGUGUUAGUGUUCUAAGAAAUUGGAGAUAGUGAGCGCAAUCUUGGCCUGCGUGGGUGCAGAACAGAGAAGAAUGGCGAUGUCGGAUUCAGGGGAGCUUAGCCAACAAAUGUAUGUCAACGAUGUUCAGAAAGAGAAGGUUCUCAUGGUGGGGGCUGGUGGUAUUGGUUGCGAGCUUUUGAAGACGCUAGUGCUGACUGGUUUUAAGCACAUUCACUUGAUUGACAUGGAUACUAUAGAAGUGAGCAAUCUCAACAGGCAGUUUCUCUUUCGCAAAAGCCAUGUGGGACAGUCAAAAGCAAAGGUGGCGCGUGAAGCAGUUCUCAAAUUUCGGCCUGGAGUAGAGAUAGUUGCUCACCAUGCGAAUGUGAAAAACCAGGAGUUUGAUAUAGAUUUUUUCAAGCAAUUUAGUGUGGUCUUAAAUGGCCUGGAUAACCUGGACGCACGGCGCCAUGUGAACCGCAUGUGCUUGGCUGCAGGCGUACCUCUGGUGGAAAGUGGUACGACUGGUUACCUUGGCCAGGUGACAGUACACAUUAAGGGACGGACUGAGUGUUAUGAGUGCCAGCCUAAGCCAGCACCUAAAUCUUAUCCAGUUUGUACCAUCACGAGUACUCCCUCCAAGCUCAUUCACUGCAUUGUAUGGGCCAAAGAGUUGGCGCUGGCAAAACUAUUUGGUGAUAAAGGUCAAGUUAGUGAUCUGGACGUACGAUCCACGUCAAAUGAAGACAAUGCAGUUAGUAACGAUCCAGAUGAAGCAGAGUUCUUUGAAGUGCGGAGCGGAGAAAGCAAUAGGUCAUAUGCAGAGCGUGUGUUCAAUCGAAUAUUUGGUCAAAAUAUUGUAACUGCUCUCCAAAACGAGGACACUUGGAAAGCAAGAAGGCGGCCUGACCCUUUGUUCCUGGACAAAGUUCUCACUGAAGAAGAUGCGGCGACACAAAAUAAUGCAUCUUCUAAUGAUGGUACAGUCUCUGCCAUGGCGUCCUUGAAUUUGAAGAACCCGCAAGAGAUCUGGAGUGUGAAGGACAAUGCAAGGGUUUUUUUGGAAUCGAUUCGACUGUUCCUUGAGAAACGAAGCAAGGAUGUUGGGAAGAUUGUCUUCGACAAGGAUGAUCAGUUGGCGGUAGAAUUUGUGACAGCUGCUGCCAACUUGCGGGCACAUUCUUUUGGAAUCCCUAUGCAGAGUGUCUUUGAGGCAAAGGGCAUGGCCGGCAAUAUCAUUCAUGCCAUUGCCACCACCAAUGCGAUCAUAGCAGGACUUAUUGUUCUCGAAGCUUUGAAACUUCUCAGCAAUAGGACCGAGGAGUGUCGGAUGACGUAUUGUGUGGAGCAUCCUUCAGGAAAAAUGCUGCUGAUGCCAGUAGAGAUGGCUGAGCCGAAUCCUCGUUGCUAUGUCUGCUCUGAGACGCCAUUAGUGUUGGAACUGAACACCGCUACGGCUACAAUGAGGGAGGUGAUCGAGAAGGUUGUGAAGCGCAAGCUAGGUGUCACGGAUCCUGUUAUCAUGCAGGGUGCAACUCUUCUACACGAGGCAGGUGAAGACAUUGAAGAGGACAUGGUGGCAUACUACAGAGCUCUUCUUGACAAGAAGUUCGUAGAUUAUCCGACUCCCAUUACGACAGGUGUGGUGUUGACGGUUGAGGAUUAUCAUCAGGAUUUCCGAUGCAGCCUUCAUGUCAAGCACAGGGAUACUUUUGACGAAGAGAAAGAGCCAGAAGGGAUGGUUCUAACCGGUGAUCUAGCCUCCCUCAACACCACAGAAACUGCAGCUGCUCCGACGCCUGCACUAGAUGCUCCAUCAAAAGCUGAGAAUGGACAUGCUGAAGAGGAAGAGGAAGAUGAAAAUGUUGUCAUGGUUGAGCCUGCACCGAAGGCGGCUACUGCAGGCACCAAGAGAAAGCUCGAGAAUGAGGAGACGCACCCAACGGAGAAGAGGUUGAGAGCAUCAGAAGCCGUUCCAGUUGAAGUGUGAAAAGGAAUAAUGGAGGGUGAUUUAUGCCGUUUUUCUCUUAUAGAACAAACAGGAUAGUGUCCAGGUUUCAGAUGUGCAAACAUCUGGGGUGAUUGAGACUUUGCUCCUGGCGAUUUUCUUCUGGUCGCCUGCUUUUUCUCGCCCAUUUAUGGCUUGCUGUAGGGCGUUUGGCACACGUGAGUGAUAUCACUUGCAGAUCCACAGCAAAGCAGACACUGUUCUAGUUUCAGUCGAAGUGGUCGAUGGAGGGGUGUACGCACUAGAGUGACCUUGAAGCUGAAGUUUUCUGUAUGCAUUGUGACGUGCACUUUCGCAAUUGUCUGCCUGGUUCUAAGCCCCUGAAUUGUUGUAAAAGAAAGUCGCUUUUUUGGUUUUUGCCGCA